GAUGUUCUGCUGUUUGAAGAAACAAAUCGAGACUUUAGAAAGAAAGGUCGAGCAGAAUGUCUACUGUACACUACCGAACGCCGUUCGAAAGAACACGAGAUUCUUCCGAGUCGAUCGAAGAUAUACCGGAGACCUGCAGCAUUCGCCGGACGACAUCCUCGAGGUGGAGAUAACGAUGCGCAACGAGCUGGGGCAGUGCAGAGCUAAGAACCUCACCAGCUCACUCAUCGGGUACAUAGAUGGCGCCAUCGUCGAGCAGGAAUCCCUUCUCAACUACAAACCAUGGUAUUUUGGAAACGUGAGUCGCGAGAUGAGCGAUGAGAUUCUCAUGAAGAAGGAUGUUGGCACGUUUUUGGUGAGGAAAUGCGAGAAGAAGUAUCCUUUCGCUUUGUCCGUGAAAUCGCUUGAAAACGUUAAGCAUUAUAGGAUAUUUCGCGACGAUUUGGGUUACUGCAUUAGUUCUGGAAUCAAUUGCUCUACCUUGGAAGAGCUCAUCUUUCUAUACGAAAAUGACGUUGAUGGACUUCUGCAAAUCGAACGAAUCAUCCAGCCAUACCCCAAAUGAUCGUUACUCAAUCAUCAAUUUUGGUCGCUUUGGUUCUAAAUUGGUUAAUAAAAAUGGUUACAUAAUCAAAAGUUUUCGUUCCUUUUUUAAAUUAAUUCAUUAUUUCUAUACUGAAAUAUAUAAAA